CACCAACCGAAGGCGGUCAGAUAUUCUACCGGAAAUGCACAUUGUUUUUCGUCGUUCGAAAGACAUGCAUAAUUAAAGGGUGAAUGGAGGCAACACAGCUGAUCGAUGACUCAAUAUUGGAGGAGUCAGAGGAGGAGGAUGGAGAAAUGCGAAAAGAGACGCGAGGAGAGCCACUGGCCAAACUCAGGGUGUUAAAAAAUGAACACAUCUCAGAGACUGAGUUGCCUCUCUACCAGGGAGAGAAUGUGUUGGGUCGAAACCCAAACUCCUGCUCCCUGCCCCUCGAGGCCCGCUCCGUAUCCAAGCAACACACCGUCAUCUCCAUCUCAAUGUUUCACGGCAACCGUUGUCGUGGCAACGUUGCCACCAUGGAGACAGAGGCUUUAGUGUGGGACCUGGGGAGCAUGAAUGGGACAAGGAAGGGCCGGACCAAACUGACCCCUCACGUCCGCUACGCUCUGACCGAGGGAGAGUGUGUAGUAAUAGCUGACAUACCCUGCAAGUAUGUCUCUGUGGACCAGAGGGGGGGACAGGGGCACAUGCAGAACCUGACCAACGCACACUCUGGAAGGGGAAGGAGGACAGGGCCAGACAGGAAGGCCCAGUUCAGAGGAAGCCCUAGUGGCCAAGGUCUGGGACGAGAGACUAGCACACCGAAGACUGAGAGACCGACUGAGGGUAGAGGAGUCAAUGGAGAGAUGGGGGCACCAUCGUCGACUGAACUGGGUGGAAAGGGUAAAACUCCGGCCAAACCCCUGUCGUUUGAACAAACCCCCACACAGCCUGAGAGGACACUGGUGCCUGAAUCUGAGUCUGACUCCGACAGAGAUCGAGCGGGACGGCGAGACAAACGGGGAAAGUACUUUGUCUCUGAUUCUGACUCCCACAUGUCCAGUCCCACCUGUUCUACAUUCCUCAGUCCUACAAACAAAGUCAUUCCAGAGAGUGAGGACGAGAGCCCCAUCACUCCCUCCUCUGCAAAAAACAGACCCAAGAAAAUAGUGAGCUUCAGUGAGGAGGAGCGCGACAUGGAUGGACCGAGACAGCAGCCCAGGAGAAGAAGAGCCCAAGUGAUAGUGGACGACAGCGAAGAAGAGGAGGAGGCGAAGGAAGGCACAAAGGCACUAGGAGAGAAGGAAACUGGGAAAAGGACAAGAGGAAAGGAGGAUGUGUCAGUGGUGAACCAGGUGCCCCAGACCCCUACAGGUAAGAGCAGAGGUAAGCGUAGGGCCCCUGUGGAAUCAUCACCAUUUGCCAAGACCCCUCGCUCCUCCUCUGUCUCUCCCCUGUCCUCUCUCUCCUCCCCUGGGACACUGGGCCGAGCUAGGGCUGCAACGCAGUCCUACAAGGUGUUGUUUACAGGAGUGGUGGAUGAGGGGGGGGGGAAGGUGGUGUCUCGUCUGGGGGGCAGCCUGGCGAAGGGCGUGGCCGACAUGACCCACCUGGUGACUGACAGGAUCCGACGCACCGUCAAGUUCCUGUGUGCUGUGGCCCGUGGCGUGCCCGUCGUCACCACCGAUUGGCUGGAUAAGUGUGGUAAGGUGGGUAGUUUCCUACCUACUGAUAGGUACCUGGUGAAGGACAGGGAGCAGGAGAACAAGUUCAGCUUCUGUCUGGAGGAAUCACUGAGGACCGCCAGCACCCAACCUCUACUACAGGGUUAUGAGGUCCAUGUGACCAGGUCAGUGUUGCCAGAGCCAGCCCAGAUGAAGGACAUCAUCGUCUGUAGCGGAGCUCACUUCCUCUCCAAGAUGCCCUCCACUCAGAAGGCCCGGACCCUAGUGAUAUCGUGUGGGGAGGACUGGUCUCUCUGUGCUCCUGCUCUCUCUGCUUCUCUCCCUGUCCUCAGUGCUGAGAUCCUGCUAACUGGUAUAUUACAGCAGAGAGUGGACCUGGUAACCCAUGUCCUCUCAGCCCCCAAACCCAGGGUCCAGCCAGUAGCCAAAGGCCAGGCCAGUGGCAGGAAGAGAACGUAACAGAAAAACAAAAUUCCCCUGGGUGGUAUUCAUUAGUGCAUACUGUAGCAAAACAUUAUGCAACAGAAAACGAAAACUAGUAUUGGACAAGUUACAUUUACAUUACAUUUUAGUCAUUUAGCAGACGCUCUUAUCCAGAGCGACUUACAGUAGUGAAUGCAUACAUUUCAUGAAUAAUUAAAAAAAAAAUGUUGUACUGGCCCCCCGUGGGAAUCGAACCCACAACCCUGGCGUUGCACACACCAUGCUGGCGUUGCAAACACCAUGCUCUACCAACUGAGCCACAGGUUCAGGUAAUCCCUCCCUGUUUUAGUCUGUUUUCUUCCUAUAGGUGAAUAUGACCCUGUCUACAAGGCCAGGGAGAAGGCAUUACAGUUUCAGAGAAGACCGCAGACAGAUGGUUUGUGUGUGUGUGUGAUGGCAUGCAGCACCCACCUCCACCUGUAUAGAGAACAGUAGCAGGUCCAGGCCACAGAGGAGUGGUAACUACAGUAUUACUCCCCUGGAGGGGCAUGAGACCAUUAGACACCUGAGAGAGGGGAGAAUGAGGAUUCGGCUGUACAAGAGACAAAUGGCAGCAUCCCAAAUGGGACCCUAUUGCCUACUUUUGAAGAGAGCCCUGCACUAUAUAGGGAAUAGGGUGCUAUUUGGGACACCAACGUAAAAGGCUGGUGAGAGGAGACAUCCACCUGUAUGACCAACUAGACUAGAUAGUUCAGAAUGUAUUCACUCCGAUAA